AUGAAGUUCUCGCACAGCUUGCAGUUCAAUUCGGUGCCGGAUUGGAGCACCCACUACAUUUCGUACAGCAACCUGAAGAAAACCAUAUACACCCUCGAAAAGCAGCUACACCAGGCCUCCAACCAAACCCAGGAUGCUGAAUCCUCGCCUCUCCUCAAUGGCACCGCAGACGACCCUGACAAGGUUUUCUCGAACGCGCUCGACCAUGAGCUCGAGAAGAUCUGCUCAUUUUACCAGCUAAAAGAGUUGGAGAUAUACGGGGAGGUGGAUCAGCUACUACGAGAUGAGGAACAUUACGAGGAGGAGCAGGAGGAGUUGGAGACGGAGCAAAGCGAGCAACCGCCCGGCACGCGUGGGAGCAAGAAAGCACGCUCGAACAGCAUAUUCAAGACAAUAGGAUUGGGCCGGCCUCGGAGGACAAGCGGCAUGAGCCAGUCAUACGAGGAGGUGGAUAAUGACAACAGCGAUGACGACGCCGAUGAGACGGUAGGCCUACAGAAGACGAAGAGUCGGGACGGACAACGGGGUUGGGACUCGCAUCAUGAGGAUUUGAGAGCCUCCACGGAUUUCGCCUCGUCACGGCGGAGAACCAGCGUUGCGUUCGACGAUUACAACGAUAUGGCCUUUUCUGCUCUCUACGACUCUGGUGUGUCGUUGAAAAAGCGGACCGUCAGCCUCUACGUGUCAGUAUGCGAAUUGCGAUCGUUUAUCCAGCUGAACAGGACCGGUUUCACAAAAGUCCUGAAGAAGUACGACAAAAUUCUGGACCGCAAUCUGAAGAGACAGUACAUUGAGGCCAACGUGGAGACUGCAUAUCCUUUCCAGAAAUCGACAAUGGCGCAUUUGGCCGAGAAUCUGUCGCGGAUCGAGAGCGCAUAUGCAAAGAUAUGCACCAAAGGAGACAUAGCAGAAGCGAAGCGCGAACUGCGGCUACAUCUAAGAGAGCAUGUGGUCUGGGAGCGCAACACAGUUUGGAGGGAGAUGAUCGGUAUCGAACGGAAAUCUCAGGCGGCGAACAUGGGACUUCGACAAACCAUGCUCGGGCGGGAUACUGACCCGCGAAAGCUAAGGCUGCAGGGUGACGAAGUUGAGGCAGAGAUGAAGGAAGUGAACACCCCUAUUGGGAAGUAUCACUGCCCUCAAUGGUUGUUGAGCUCGACGUUCUACACCUUAAUCCUCAUUCUAGCCGUUUUCUUGGUCUUGCUUCUGGUUCCUAUCAUGAAGAAGCCAGAGCAACAAAACUGCCUAGCAUUAGUCGUUUUUGUCAGUCUGUUGUGGGCUACGGAGGCAAUACCUCUCUUCGUCACGUCGCUGCUCGUACCGUUUUUAGUCGUCGUUUUACGCGUCGUUCGUCAAGACGAAAAGCCAUACGCUCGUCUAGAGUCCAAACAGGCCGCAUCCUACGUGUUUGCAGCCAUGUGGACGCCCGUUAUCAUGUUACUUCUAGGAGGCUUCACCAUUGCAGCGGCGCUUUCGAAGUAUAAUAUUGCAAAGAUGAUGGCGACUUUUGUUUUGAGCAAGGCUGGGACAAAACCAAGGACGGUAUUACUAACAAGCAUGUUCGUUGCCAUGUUCGCCAGUAUGUGGAUCAGCAACGUCGCAGCUCCAGUGCUGUGUUUCUCAAUCAUCCAGCCAAUUCUUCGCAACCUUCCAUCUGAUUCGGCCAUGUCGAAGGCCCUUCUUCUCGGAAUCGCCCUUUCUUCGAACAUUGGCGGUGCUGCAUCCCCAAUCGCAUCGCCUCAGAACCUCAUCGCCCUCCAAAACAUGAACCCCCAACCAGGCUGGGGCGUCUGGUUCUUCGUCGCUCUCCCCGUGUGCAUCAUCUCUAUCGUGCUUAUCUGGCUCCUCCUCCUCGUCACCUUCAAGCCCGGCCGCAACACCACCAUCGUCCCCAUCCGGCCUAUGAAAGACCGCUUCUCAGGCAUCCAAUGGUUCAUCAGUGGCGUUACCAUCGUCACCAUCGCCCUAUGGUGCGUGACCCACCAACUGGAGCCCAUCUUCGGCGACAUGGGCGUCGUCGCCAUCAUCCCUAUCGUCCUCUUCUUCGGCACCGGCAUUCUUACUAAAGAAGACUUCAACAACUUCCUCUGGACCAUCAUCAUCCUUGCCGCCGGAGGCUUGGCGCUCGGCAAGGCUGUCAACUCCUCUGGCCUGCUGCACACCAUCGCCAAGAGCAUCACGGCCGAAGUCGAGGACUUGUCUCUCUACGGCGUGCUGAUCGUCUUCGCGGCGCUGAUUCUCGUUGUCGCUACGUUCAUCAGCCACACGGUUGCAGCGCUGAUUGUUCUGCCACUCGUGCAGCAGGUAGGCCAGGGCAUGGAGGAGCCGCACCCAAAUCUGCUAGUCAUGGGCAGCGUGCUCAUGUGCUCUGCGGCUAUGGGACUGCCGACGAGCGGGUUUCCCAAUAUGACCGCCAUCAUGAUGGAAGACUCGCAGACUGGCCAGCGCUACCUGCAGGUCAAGCACUUCAUCACGCGCGGCGUGCCGGCUAGUAUCAUUACUUUCUGCGUCGUUGUGACGGUCGGGUAUGGGUUGAUGCUGGCAGUGGGGUUGUAGAUUUCGGCCUCGCUAUUUUCAGUGCGAUAUGCUAGCAGCGAAGUUUGGGCAUAGGACUUUUCGGUAGAGGUUCUACGGCGUUUUUACUAUGUAGAAGGAUAUAUACUAAGGUUUGCAAAUACACUAAUCAGGUCGAGCAAGGGUUCGGGGACGCACUCUCAGAUAUGAUACUCACUUACACUACUCCUUUAAAUCCUGCAACUCCACACCGUGUCUACGGCAAUAGUGUUGGUUCUUGUGGCUGGCCGGAGUUGAAUCUGGACGUGUGGAAGAAAUAUAAGGGAAAAAGAUAGUUUAAUAAGAUUUAAUGAGUACAAGCCGGAUGGAAACUCUUCUUUUAUUUAUUCUCUUUAGACAGAAUAUACAGCUAAUAGAGAUAAUCAUGCGUAC